UUUGUACGGUACAGUACGCAGGACCUCGUGGCGGUGUCUGCGUCAGAGCGCCGCGCCAUCAGUCUACGUACUUAGUCAGUCAGUCCCUCCCACCACGUCACAUGUCAUAGUGAGAGUGAAACAUUUCAGCGAAAUCAAGCAGUUUUAGCUCCGAUAAAAGCCGCUCUUCGUUCCGUUCCACCGUCGAGUCCUCCCCUACGAAAUUGACGAGUCUACGAAGAGCCGGAUUCCCGCUUCGUCAAUAACAUACUGCAAGUCACUAACUACAGCAGCCGCAUUGCAAGCAAGGACUCUGAGAAUGAGGCCCGUCGUGUGUCUCCUGUUGCUGCUCGCAUGUCUAUCGUCACAUCGCCUCGUCGCGGCCCGCAUUUCCUCCCUCCCCGAAGCUGGCGGCGCCGCCACGAGUAGCAGCCGUCGCAAGCUGCCAGUGGCCACCAAGUGUCCCACGGGCGUCAUCUGCCCGUUGGGCGCGUCGUGCGUGGUGGACGCCAGCGGCUUCCCCUUCUGCAAGUGCGCGGCGGGGCAGGCCAUCAUCAACGGCGUGUGCGCGCCGGCCUCCAGCUGGAAGACGGUGGGAACCAACGUCGUCCUCUACAACCGCGCGUCGUACGCCAACUCGCCCACCUCCCUCGCGCCCGCCGUGCUGCGCGGCGCCGCGCCCAACAGCACGGCGUGCGUGAACCUGCCGGCCGCGUUCAACGGCACGAUCGGAUCGCUGCGGAUCAUGUGGAAUGUGAACGACGGCGUGGCGGACCACCUGGUGUGCGGCAAGCUGUUCUUCUGGGACAAGCCCAACUGCUGCUGCUCGGGGUCCGGGUACGAGAUCCCCGGCGGGUGGACGGCCGUGGACCCCAAGAAGUUCACCUACACCACCACCAGCAUCAAGACGGCAACGGGCAUCAUCGCCACGGGCCGGUCCAUCUCGUGCCAGGCCGCCAUCGCGCCGCCCUCCUCCUCCAACCCCUGCGCCACGGCGUCGUGCCCGGUCAACUCCACGUGCUCCGUGGUGAACAGUGCCGCUGUGUGCACGUGCAACGCUGGGUUGACCAUGGUCAACGGGCAAUGCGUUGUGCCCAACCCCUGCACCGGGUACACCUGCCCCGCAAAUUCAGUGUGCUCCAACGUUAAUGGCGUCGCCACGUGCACGUGCAAUGCGGGAUACCAGAUGGUCAACGGCCAAUGCGUCGUGCCCAACCCCUGCACCGGGUACACCUGCCCCGCCAAUUCAGCAUGCUCCAACGUCAAUGGCGUCGCCACAUGCACCUGCAAUGCCGGCUACCAAAUGGUCAACGGCCAAUGCGUCGUGCCCAACCCCUGCACCGGGUACACCUGCCCCGCCAAUUCAGCAUGCUCCAACGUCAAUGGCGUCGCCACAUGCACCUGCAAUGCCGGCUACCAAAUGGUCAACGGCCAAUGCGUCGUGCCCAACCCCUGCACCGGGUACACCUGCCCCGCCAAUUCAGCAUGCUCCAACGUCAAUGGCGUCGCCACAUGCACGUGCAAUGCCGGCUACGAGAUGGUCAAUGGCCAAUGCGUCGUGCCCAACCCUUGCACCGGGUACACCUGCCCCGCCAAUUCGGCCUGCUCCAAUGUCAAUGGAGUCGCCACAUGCACGUGCAAUGCCGGAUACCAGAUGGUCAACGGCCAAUGCGUUGUGCCCAACCCCUGCACCGGGUACACCUGCCCCGCCAACUCCGCAUGCUCCAACGUCAAUGGCGUCGCCACGUGCACGUGCAAUGCGGGAUACCAGAUGGUCAACGGCCAAUGCGUCGCAUCCCCCGACCCCUGCCUCACCACCACGUGUCCCGCCAAGGCCACGUGCACCAGCGUGAGCGGCGUGGCCACGUGCACGUGCGCCGUGGGCUACUCCAUGGUCAGCGGCGCCUGCCAACCGGCGGAUCCCUGUUCACUGGUGUCAUGCCCCGCCAACUGCACAUGUUCCUCCGCCAGUGGCGUAGCCAAGUGCGCCUGCGCCGACCUGUGCUACGGGGUGAAGUGCCCUGACCUGUCCACGUGCACGUUCAUGCUGGGCGCGCCCAUCUGCAAGUGCCCUGCGCCCUACACACGCCUCAUCGACAACAAAUGCUCCACCGCAACGCUGGCGAAUUCGGACUAUCUGGACAACCAGAACGCGGCGAGGGCGGCAGUGGGCGCCGUUCCGCUGGUGUGGAAUGCCACAUUGGCUGCGAGGGCGCAGGCGUGGGCGACCACGCUCACCAACAGCACGUACAACUGCGGGCUGUCCCACGGCGGCAACAGCGGUGAGGGGCAGAACCUGUCGGGGGCCAGCCCCAGCGGGUGGGCGACGAAUGGCGCUGCAGUGAGCUGGUGGGUGGGCGAGGGCGACCUGUACAGCUUCGCCGUCUUCUCCGGCGGCUGCAGCACUGGCAACUGGGCCGACUGCGGCCACUACACCCAGGUGAUCUGGAACAACACCAAGACAGUGGGGUGUGGCAAGGCGUCGUGCGGCACGAGUGCGGACGUGUGGGCAUGCAACUACUACCCGCCCGGCAACUACGGCGGCCAGCUGCCCUAUGUGCAAGACCCUUGCUUCCGCGUGGCAUGCCCGUCCACGUCCACGUGUUCGGUGCGCUACGGCAAGCCGGUGUGUGCGUGCGCAGCGGGGCAGGUGCUGGUGAACAACGCCACGUGCCAGCCCGACCCAUGCCUCGCUGGCACCACCUCGUGCCCUGGCAACCUUGUGUGCGACGGCUCCUCUGGCUCUGCCCAGUGUGCCUGCCCCACCGGCCUCGUGCCCGUCGCUGCUGACACCUGUGUCCCACCCGCAUGUGUGGGAGCCACGUGUCCCUCGCAGGCAACAUGUGCGGUGGACAGCAGCGGCUACCCCUACUGCCAGUGUGCAGCGGGCUCGUACCUGGCCAACAACCUGUGUGUGGCCGGCACGCCCACGGCAGUGGCAGCCACGAGCCUGGCGCUCUACAACACCGCAUCCUACACCAACACGCCCACGUCCAUGGGGCCUGUGAUUGUGCGCACGGGGCUGCCCGUCAACUCGUCUCGCGGCAGCUGUGUGGAUAUUCCAGCAAGCAUCGCUGGCACCGUGGCCUCCCUGCGCGUGCUGUGGAACGUGCCUGACAGCACGGGCGCCCCCAAGCAGUCGUGCGGCACGCUGUGGUUCUGGACCAGCGCCGCGUGCUACGGCUCCGCCACUGGCUACUACAGGCCAGCGGGAGACGUCACCAACUUUGCGACCACGUCGGGCAACGUGGCAGUUGUCAGAGCCGUUGCCUGCUCCAUUUGAUAGCCACCCUUCCAAGCACCUUGAUUGCCAUGGCCUUGUGUAGUGCUUCCAGGUUCCGUCUGAAUCCCCUACAAUCACUUUGCCUUGUGUAUUAUUUUUUAAUAAAUGCCCUCAUCUUUC